AAAGAGAACAGAGGGAGAGGAAGAGUUAGAGGUAGAGAGAGGAAGGCGAAUAUUGUUGAGGGGUAAAAUCGCCAUUUAAGUACGAGCAGGAAGGGUAAUAGAGGUAAUUUCACGAGUAAAAUUGAGCAAAUCCCAUUUUUCAGCGGUAAACCCAGUAGCGAGAGGACACUGGAUAUUGGAUAAGGCUUUUACAAUGCCCGGAAGCUCCACUUUAUCCCAGUAGCUUAUGCAGCUCUAAUGCCCCACAAUCCAAUCACUUGCCGAUAGCGGUCGGGCUUUGCCUUUGGUUUUCUCUAAUUCAAUUUCAAUAGAUAUGGAGGUUGCCAGCAGUCAAAAUGGUAGUAGCAUCAUGUGGUUCUUCAGAGACAAAGGUUUUGAUGAUAAAAGUAUCAACGAAAUGUUCAGAAAGUGCAAGCGCCUUCAGGGUGUCCAGAAGGAAAGAGCCUCUGAAAACUGGGCUUACCUGAAAAGCAUUGGUAUUCAAGAGAGAAAGCUGCCUUCUGUUGUUUCCAGGUGCCCCAAAAUUCUUACCCUUGGUCUAAAUGAGAAGCUUGUCCCCAUGGUAGAGUGCCUUGCUACCCUGGGAACUAAACGUCAUGAAGUUGCUUCUGCGAUUGCUAGAUUCCCUCACAUAAUCUCUCACAGUGUGGAAGAGAAGCUUUGCCCACUCUUGGCUUUCUUUCAAGCAUUAGGGGUCCCUGAAAAGCAACUGGGCAAAAUGAUAUUGCUAAAUCCAAGGCUCAUCAGCUAUAGCAUUGAAUCUAAACUCACAGAAAUAGUUGAUUUCCUUGCCACCCUUGGACUUACUAGAGAAGGGAUGAUUGGUAAAGUUCUGUCUAAAUACCCAUUUAUAAUGGGUUAUAGCGUUGACAAAAGGCUACGCCCUACCUCUGAGUUUUUGAAAUCAGUAGGUUUGUCUGAGACAGAUCUUCAAACACUGGCCAUGAACUUUCCUGAAGUGUUGUGUAGAGAUGUGAGGAAGAUUCUUAGACCUAAUUUUGCAUAUCUAGAAAGAUGUGGAUUUGGGGAUAGAGAGAAAGCAGCUUUGGUGGCUGGCUAUCCCCCUAUUCUUAUCAAGAGCAUCAAGAAUUCUUUAGAACCUAGGAUUAGGUUCUUGGUUGAGGUGAUGGGGAGGCAAAUUGAGGAAGUAGCUAAUUACCCUGACUUUUUUCGGCAUGGUUUAAAGAAGAGAUUAGAGUUGCGGCACAGACUUUUGAAAGAGAAGGAUGUCACUUGUAGUUUAAGUGAAAUGCUGGACUGCAAUCACAAGAAGUUUCUACUGAAGUUUGGAUUGUUUAAAGGGUUUGCCUAAGGUAUUAGAGCUACAUUCCAAUUCUCUUUGAUCUAUCAUUUUUGUACCGUGGCUUGAUUGUCACCUUGGUCCAUGAAGUGAAUUUUUGUAUAGGUUUCUAAGCUUAUCAAUGAGAAAUUAAGAUCAGCAACUGCAGCUUUUGGCUGAGCAUAUAGUAAUUCUGUAUUUCAGUCUGACAUAAAGGUUGUCUAUGAAGCCUUACGUCCAUGUGGUGUUUGCUAAGUAAGUGAGUUGCCAUAUCUAAGAGGUAUCAUAACUCAUAGUUCAGCACUGACUGAUGCAACAUCACUUGUGACGUAGUUUAAGAGUCUGUCUGAAUGUUGAAUUCUAAGAUUCGUAAAGAUCAUUAAUGUCCAUGUCUGUUGCUUUCAGAAAACAAUCUUCUCUGUUAGAUUUUCAUGGUUUAUUCAAUCAAUAAACAACAUUUAUCAUUUUUGCUA